AGACACUUCACCGUCUCCAUCAGGACGCCUCCAAAAGACGACACUUCAGGUCUGACAGCCCGGCAGCGAGCAUCGCACCCGUGAUCCGGACAGAUCUUGAGUUCACUUCAACCUUUGCACCAUGAGCGACUCAGCGGAAGCUUUGGCUGCCAGCCAGACGAGCCGACGAAAUAUCACCAUCGAGAUCACCAACCUGACCAACAACUACUGCCUCAUCGACCCCAAGGUUUACCUGGACAGUGGUGAUGUCCACAGUCCACCUCAACCCACCAUUCGCCCUCAGAUGACCAAAUUGUGCAACUUCGACAAGAUCAAGAGCAAGUCGACGGGGGCGGUGGGCGUCCUGACCUACGACCUGUUCGAGAGGCAAAGCAACAGCGCCCGUGAGAAGGUGGCCAUCAUGUUCUCGGUGCCCUUCGACUACAACUUCUACAAGAACUGGUUCGCUCUGGGCCUCUACCCCAAAGACACAGAGUGUGACGAGAAGCUGUACAAAGAUAUGUACAACAACAAAGAGCCAAAGGCUUUUGUGCGUCAGGAGUCCAACGGCAGCGGUCUCACCUUCGAGGGCUCCUCCCUGGACAUCAAGGGCACCAUGUCUCCGACAGGCAGGUGCAUCAUGAAGGUGGAGAUCUGGGACAAGAUCUUCUCUCCUGGGAUGCACCAGCAGUACUGAGCUGAGUCCAGAUAACCCGCCUGCACAGCUGUGUGUUGUACACCUGCAAUAAAUCUGAUACGACAGAA